CCGGCGGCCGCAGGAGCCUUCCCCGCCCGGCCGCGGCAGGGCCGGGCUGCCCCGCACCGCCGAGCAGGAGCGGCCGGAGGAUGGUGCUCAUCACACUGAAGCUUCAGACACCCUCGGCUAGGGAGCAGCCUGGCCAAGGAAGACAGCGAGGGUUUGCGGUCUGACCUGCACAGCUGGUGGGGCGAUGAAGCUGAAUGAGCGCAGCGUGGCCCACUACGCCACCUGCGACUCGCCUGCCGACCACACCGGCUUUCUGCGCAAGCGGGUGGAGCGGCACCACCACCAUGCCCACCACCAUGGCACCUCCUACCAGCGCCGCUGGUUCGUCCUCAAGGGCAACCUCCUCUUCUACUUUGAGGAGCGGGAGAGCCGGGAGCCUGUGGGGCUGGUGGUCCUGGAGGGCUGCACUGUGGAGCUGUGCGAGGCUGCUGAGGAGUUCGCCUUUGCCAUCCGCUUUGAUGACGCUGGUGCCAGGGCUUAUGUGCUGGUGGCCGAUGGGCAGGCUGCCAUGGAGGCCUGGGUGAAGGCACUCUCACGGGCCAGCUUCGACUACAUGCGGCUGGUGGUAAGGGAGCUGGAGAAGCAGCUGGAGGAGGCUUGCAAGAGCUUGGCUGCUUGCCGUAAGUCUCCACAGAGGUCCUCCUCUGGCAGGAAGAGGCAUCUCUCCAACCCUGCCUUGCAGCCUCUCCAGGAGAAGCCCACCACCCUGGAGAACGGCUACUCCACAUGGAGUAGUGGUGGUUGUGUCGCCAGUGGGGCCACCUGCACUGACCAUGAUGGGGGGCAAACAAAGCCCCCGCCCCUGCCUCCACGCCGGCGCUCGGCCACUGGCAGUGCCACAGGAUCCCCAGCACCUGGCCUCUCACCUGCCAUGCUGGAGAGCCCAGUGUCACCAGAAACGAUCUGCUUCUCCAAGCUGCACAACUGGUACGGGCAGGAGAUCGCAGUGCUGAGGCGGGAAUGGCAGGAGAGGCAGAAGAGGGGACACCCGUGACUGGGGGUGCAGGACACAAGACACUGGCCAGCUGUGCCCGGCAGCCUGUCCUGCAUGCGGGAAGAGUGAAGUGAGGGACACUGCUUGCCCCAGCCCUCAGGAGUGGCUGAAUGUGCUGUGUGCGUAUGCUUCACUUGGGAGGGACUCAAAUCUCCUCUAAACCUCACAUUUAAUUUCCAUGAAGCUUUAUACAGCUGGAGAGUGUGUAAUGCCAGGGGAGCCACCUUUAUUUAAACUCUCUCUGCUGGAAAUAGGAGCUGCCCAAAUCAGCACAUAUGUAGUGAACCUCAGCCAACGGGCUUGGCCACUUGCUGUCCUGACGUGGUGGAUGCUCCAAGUGUUUCAUCCCUUAACCCUCCUUCACCACAUUUUUUGGUUUUGUUUCUCAGUGUGGAAGUUUGUUUUUGGUCAGUGUUUAUUACUGUCUGUGGUACUGUACCAAGGUCCUUCUGCCUUUGUUCUUCUGCAGCAGAUAAGGCUGGGCUCUUAUGAAGUGCCUCUGACAGGUCACUGGCCCUGGCACAUGCCUCCAGCCUUGUGCCUCUCUCACUACAGGACGUGUAAGCCGCUGCAGCUGUUGCUGGCCCAGCAGCUGGGGCUUUUGCAUUGUUUCUUUACUUUCCUCUGCAUUAAUCUUUCUUUCAGCUAAAUCCUUCAGGAUGUGGAUAUCAUGGUCUUGUAACUAUCUCUUUGUGUGCUCAUAUUCAGCAGCAAGUCUGAAAUGGAGACAGAGAACUUGGCCUGAAGCCACAGCAAGGAUACCAGGAGCUCCCCAGAGCUGAUCUGGACUCUGUCAAGUGGUAACCAAACCUGCUAAUAUCUCUGGCUCAAGGUUUCCCUGUUCCUGAACAGGGAUGCUAAAGCCUCUUUGCCUGGGCAGGAGUAAAUUUCUCAGCCUUUGCUUAGACCACAGCCCCUGCAAAGUGCCAUAUAGGGCUCAACCAGCUCCUCGGGCUGCUGGCCCAAGAGGGUGUGCAGAGCCACACUCCUGCAGGGCCUCUCAGUGUUGUGGCUUUGCCCAGCUCCUGGCAGUGCUGCACAGUUGGAGGAGGGGCUUUGAAGGAGUGGGGAGGGAGAGAGGGCUGGUCUCAGGAGGAGAAGUGAAUGUGUGGGAGUGAGUUACGGGUGUUGGCAGUGUCUGGGCUUGCCUCUCUAGCACCAAAGCCAUAUCACUACCUUCUACCAAGCCUGCACCUGCCUGCUGGCACUUCCCUCUGAUUUCAUGUCAGCAUUGCUUGGCUGAUCUCUGCAGCACAUCCCAUCCUCCCAGCAGGCUGGGAGGGCUGCAGGAAUGGCACACCUGUCACCUCACUAUGGAAAGAGACUUACCCAUCAGUAGGUCAGAAACCUUGGCCACAAGGCACACGGUACCAGUAGGUGGGUGCCAAGUCCAGGGACUGGAACACUCUUGGGAUGCUUUUUAAAAAUCUCCCUUACCUAGUUGCAUGCUUCCUAUCUAAAAACAUUAAACCUGUUUUUAUUAUCCUGUUUUGUUAAAGAGCUUUUCUAGGAAAGCAAAAGCCCAUUUCAGGUCAUGACAGGCUGGAAUCUUUCAGGACUUAAACACACUUGGCUUCCUACUUUGCAAUAGCCUGUAGAGAUAGCCAAUGCAGAAAUCAAAUUUCUAUUAACUCUUGGUGCCUUUUAAAAAAUGUCACUGGUAGUUUAAGAUUAUGAGCAUCCAGCUUCCUGCCUAAUUAUGGCUAGAUGGUAUAUUAGAGGAGAUCAGAUCUUAAAUUAGAUCUUGCAAAUGACUUUGGGCAGUGAGAAUGUAACCUUCACUUGUGAGUAAUGUAAUCCAGUCCUCUCCAGUUUGUGGCUGUAUUACUUCACAGUAAGGGUCGUCACGUUUGUGAGGAUUAUUUUUGUUCUGCUUUUGUGAAAACAGUUCAGAAAAAUCAGGAGCAGGUGGCCAUGGAGCAAGGCCCUGGCUUCAUCAGCAACUCAGCUGGUUGGAUGUAGGGGCCGUUUCUGCCUCCCUGCCCUGCUGCUUGAAGAGUUUAGUGUUGCAGCAUUCCUGGCUGUAAAUGUGUCCCCUUUCCCAUGCCAGGGCAGCAGCAUCAGGGGAUUGCACUACCUGGUACCUCCUUGCUCUGAGCAUGUGUUUUGGGACCAAUGUCAAAUUUAUCAAGAAUUUUCCUGUGGUUAUUUUUUUUAAUGUAAUACAGAGAGAAUAUUCCUAAUUCUCAGAUUAACGUAAGGCAGAUUGACAGUAAAGACUCAACUUCCAAAACAAAUCAAAAUGUAGUGGCAGUUCCUAUGUGAGGCCCAAGAAUUGGGAGUGACUUGAAGGGAAAAUUAAUUAACAAAGCCAGUUCUGUCAGAACUGAAACUGAGACAGUAUUAUUCAUUUAAGGGCAGUUUAACUUUUAAGAAGCUUAGUUUGUUUUAGUAAGCCAGGAUUGUGCUCAUAACACUAUUAAAGAGCUUAUAUUUAAUGCUUUAAUCUGUCCCAUUCAAACAGCACAAUUUCCAUGCUACCUACUUUUGCGUUAGCACAUAUCCCAACUAAAUCCCCAAUCCUGCAAGUGAGGCACUGCGCUCUGCUUUCCGUCUGAUCGCAUUUGGAAUAUUUUUUUUCUGCAAUUUUAGUUUUAUUCUGCAGUGCUGACAAGAAAAUGGCUGAAUCCUGAUCCACAUUUAUGCUCAGCCCAGCCAUCCUUGCCUGGGCCUUUGCUAGGUCUCCAAAGCACUGCAUGACUUUGGAUGCACUUGAUCAGGGUUUACUCACCAUCCCACUCCUGCAGCAGGAUCCACCCUUUUCUGAGUGCAGAGGGCCAUAAUGGGAGCCAUGCCCAAAUUUGUAUGGGAGUACAGGUUUUUUAAUGACCACUGCCACUUGCUUCAUUAGGCAGGAAGCAGCUGAGUGCUGCAGUGCCUCCUCAGAGAUCGAGGCUAUCGAGCCAGCCCAGCUGAAUUGGUUGUGCUGGCACUGCCUUUGAAGCAGCCCCCAGGUAGGAGAAUGGGAUUUCAGCUUCCUGAGGCUGAACAUUCAGCUGGCUAAUGGAGCAGCCUGUCUGUCUUUCUGCAGGCAGAGAUUGUUGCAGGAAAGUCAGAGAGUUUUCACUGCACAUGGUCCCUGGCCGCAAAAUAAGACUGAUUGCCACCCAGGGUUUUUCUCCAGUCAGUCAGGUUUGGACUAUUUCACCUCCUGCCUUCACUUCCCCUUUUUAUUUUUAAAAAUAUAGAAUGUCUAUCUAAACAGGUUCCUUGGCAAAGGGGGAGCUGAACACUGAAAUUGAAUGGGUACUUUUCUUAAAGUACUCAAGUAAAAUCCUUUUCUAAGAGUUUUCUUUAGUGAAUAAGCAAUGAGAGAAAAGUGCUAAAAUUUAAAAGAAAUUGAAAGAGGAAGGGCAAUUCUGACAUGGCCUUUGUGAGCUGUGCUGAGAAGGGCUCUUAAUCCUGCUAAAACAGUUGAUUUAAUCCUUACAUUUUUCUGAGGCUGGCAUUUCAGAUUUGAGCCUGUAAUAUAUAAUUUCUGCAUAUAUAUAUAUUUUUUUUUUUCAAACGGUGCUGUUUUCCACUGAGUCCUGGUGAAGAGCAACCUGAAGGUUUUACCUGUGGCCACUCUUAGCUAUGUGGUGGACAAUCAUGAACAACAUCAGAGAUUUUGUGUUGCAGUAGCUACUGCACUAAUAGUGCCUGGGGGAGCCACCCCUCAAUGUUACCUCUCUCUCGGCCGCCUUUGCAGAGAAGCUGAAAAAAAAACUCCACUGAAAUAAAUGCACGGGGGCAUCUUUCAAUAGCAGUACAAAAAUUGUGUUCUCUCCUCACAAUUACCUGGAAAACACUAUGAGUGACUCCUGCCUUUCCAAGUGCUUCUAUUUUAGGUAGGACGUAUUCCUGUUUUUAGGAGGCGGUUUUGCAUGCGCCUUUGUUUUACACGCGGAACUCGUAUUAUACAUUGCAUUGUUCAGAGUUUGUUUUACACGCGGAACUUGUAUUACGCAUCGCAUUACAUUGUUUAGAGUUUGUACUUUAUGCAGUGAAGCCGAAUAAACCGGUUUGUUUUCUA